AUAUUGCACACUCCUGCACUUCUAGAUUGUUGCAGGAAUAAUUUACAUUUGAUAAUAUGACAAUUGACAAUGACAAUUUGAUAAUAAUCUCACCACAUAAGUGAAAUUUGAAGGACAGUCUGCGUAGGCUGAGAGAAAGAGACUUUGUGCCUGAUCAGUUACACGCAAGAUCCACAAAUGACUUUGUUUCAGAUAUUUCUCAUUGUACUGACCCCAACAUGACUUGAAGGAGAUUCUGACAUUGCUGUUAACCCUUUGCAGUUUGUACUCUCUCACACAGUGAAGGGUAACUUAAUGCAGAGUAAGCCUACAAUUUUUGGACUUCACAAGCAUUGCAAUUUAAGCUAUACUAAGGACAGAACAUGUAUAAAGGGAUUAAGGUUUAAACCAGGUGGGAGGUAAGAGGAGACAUUUAUAAAGCUUAGUCAAAUAGAAAGGAUAGACCUAUCCGUUUGGGAUAUCGGCUAACCUUGCCAAAGCACAGUCCAUCCUGCAUUCUGGAGAUGAAAGCUGCAUAGCACAAACAUUAACAGAUAGUCAUAUGUGCUUUGAAUAUUUUUUUUUUCCAGUAAGGGAAGCAAAGGGCAUGAAUCCUUGUCCACCCACUGUAUAGCAUUAUAACUCAGCUAUCGUUUUAAUUUUGAUUCAAGAGGCACUUCUGUGAUUUUUUUGCUUUUUUCACUCACUUCACAUUCAAGAGAGAAAAACAGGUCCAUCGCCAUUCUGAAUGCAUUAGAGAAUGUGCAAAUUGUCUUUAUAUAAUCAUCUAGAAGUAACUAAUCAUAUCUUUGCGUGUGUGUACGUAUGACCAUAUGUGUGUAUCACAAAUAUCCACAAGUUAAUAGUAUGUAUGAACACUUAAUAUAACUUAAAAUUCAUAACAUUAGUUCAAAGCUGUUCUGGACCACAAAGAUCCAACAGGCAAUAAAUAUGACCCUUUUAAAUAUGUGGCUUUAUUACAUCAUCUGUUACCCAGAAAGAAAGACUUUCCAUUUUAGCCACGGAUGUGAAGCAUUUAAUUGUUCCCUUCCAUGGCAAUUAUAGGGACAUCAAUUUGAAAAUAAGAGCAAGCUUCUGUGUGCACCUUUUAUUUACACAUGAAAAUAAUGUUGUGUUUGCUCAAGUCAAUGCUGUUUAGGUUUAUUUGUGAAAAGGUUGGAUGACCCUUACGGAUAAAGUUUGAGCCACCUCAGCUUCAUCAGUGAUUCUUUUAUUUCCUUAACAAAUUGAUGACUCAAGAAAUGUGAUGGUCACAAAAUAUUAAGCUUUUUUUGUGUGUUUAACUGACUACAUCCCUCCUCUGCCUACUAUGCUUCACUAAUUUCCAUAGUUAUUACAGGAAAAAGCAAGAAAAACCUGUUAAAAAUGUACUUUGUGCCUUGUGUUCUUGUUCAGUCGCAGGAAGAGGUGAAAGUGACUCCACACAACAAUGCACAUGGCUGACAAUCAUGUAUUUUUCUCAGCAGUGUUCUGAGUAGUUCACCUGAGCUGGGAGCAAUGGUGAGGAUAAGAAGCUGCCUCUUUGGCCAGUCUGUGAAUUAUUCAGUAGUCAACCAUGCUUGCAGAAUCCGGUUUCCUUUAUGUCAUCUGCAGGCUUGGCUAUCGGAUGACCAAACAGCGCUUGUGUCAUCUAGGACAUCUGACACACCCUCUGUAUGCCUCUCCAUGUGAUGCACCUUUAAAAUGCUCCACAGAGUGCUAUUAAAAUAAACACCGUUCUUUGUUGACCGCAGCGUGGCUCAUGUGUGUUAUCAGCAACACAAACGACAGCCUGACAGCGCGACUGAGUGACAUGGCUGCAAUGUGACAAAGAUAUAUGUUUGCAUCUCAUAUGGAAAUGAAUGACACUGUCAGGUUUCUCUGUAGACACUCUUUCCAUCUGGCAUUCUUCAGAUGGAUAUCUGUAUUAUUUACAGUUCUAUGUGUUUAUAAUAUCUGCCAUUUUGUUGUUCGACAGCAAUCUUAAGCUUAUCUUUAGAGAGAGCAAUUUAAGCAUGUGGCACAGAAAAGAACCUUUGAUCUGACUGUGGCCUGGCUGUGCAAACAGAUGUAUCCUGGUUAUUAAGUAUUUGAUAAAUGUCACCUAUCAUCACUCCCCACCCCUUAUUCAAACCAUGUUUUCCUCCUGCAGCUCUAGCCGUGUGUUUGAGCAAGUUAUGGAGCGGAAUCUAUCAUAAUGUUUUUACGGACAUUUUCAGAAAUUGGCAUAAUAAAGUAUGACCUGAACCACUCCUGUUCACGUAAACACAGAGCAAAAGAUCAACAACAGCAUAGCUCAAACAAAGUUUGGAUUAGAUUGUAUUCAGAAAGUUAUUGACCAGAGUUCUUAGAUGACAUUUGGUUAUUUAUGGGAAAAGCUUGGGUGAGUCAGCAAAGUGCAUAACCAAAUAUUGAUCAAUGGGAUAUUUACAUAUUCUGUGUAUGGUUACUCAAUCUGCAUCUGACUUGUCACAGGUGGUGCAUGACCAGUGCCACGCCUCUACAGAGCCAGGGAUGCAAAUAGUACCUCUAGAGCUAUCAUUUUACACUUGAUCCUUUGGGCAAAGAGGCACAGCCAUCAGAUCACGGCAGAUCUUUUACAAUGAAAACCAGACAGCAUGCUACCGUCAGCUGAGACGCAUUGACAAUAACAUUCAAUAGGAUCAGUCAACCAAUCGUCGCCACCAUCACUGCUGCAGCUAUGCCCAUUGCAGAGCUUUUGGGAGUCCAGUUCGACAUGCAGCUUCUGUUGAAACUGAGUCUUUCUGUGGCUGUGGUGCUGCUCGUUUCUUGGGCCUACAGGUUCUACAGCUCCAGGGACGUGGAGAAUAUUGAGCUCUCUGUCAAAGACAACAAAGAGCCAGAAAAUGCAACCUGCCAAAACUGCAAGACACCACUACGAUGUCAAAGCUCACCAAAACACGACACCAAUGGCAAGCGACCCAGAGCCUUGCACAUAGACUCAGCCAAUGAUGACCCGACAUCUGACAGCACCAAGGAAACGCCAGCAGAAGCUUGUCCACGCCAAGCUGAAAAGAGUGAGGAUGCAUUUAGUUUGUCAUAUAGUGACCAAGAUAUCAGCAUGAAAGGAGAGAUACUCACUCAUCAAAAGCAGGCAGAGGUUGCCACCAGUAAUAUUUCAUUGGCAUCUGCUUUGAACCUUCCUCACCCAACAGAGAGUGGGAUAGCAAGUACAACAGGGCGCCGCUCCCCUUGCUUUUUGCAGAAGCUGGAGGGCAGUGUGGGUGUGGGCAGGGAGUUAAGGCAGGACUUGGAGCGCCAUGGUGCCUACUCCAGCUUCCUCUCCAAGGCAGAGAUCAAAGUGGAGGAUGCCAACGUGGUGCUGGAAGGAACAGGAGACCAGAUUGUGCGUGGAAAGAUAUAUGAUUAUUAUGUUGAGUCUUCCUCUCACUCUAUUACAGACUCAAAUGCUGUGCUGGGUCAGUUUGAGAGGAACACUGAGUCACAGCCAGUGGAGUUUGGAAGUCGUGGCAGCAGCCUCACAGAAUCUCCAUCCUCUCUGAGCCCCAUUAUUAUGCGUGAUCUGGUUUUACCACAAAGCACUGUUGAGGAUCCCUCCUCGCUGAGAUGCCUCAAGCUGAGGCACCCCGCAAGGCCUGUACUCCUACGCAAGGAGAGCUAUCUGUCUGCAGCUGAGCAGUCUGAGCUUUCCAUCCCCUUUCUAACAUCAAAAUCCUCAACUCCAGUGACUCACUCUCUGGCCUCAACCAGCGAUGAGUCCAUCUCUGUUCACCCUAUGAUCUGUCUCUCUACAGACAGCAAAGGCCUUAAUGUGAGGGAGGGGGCAGAUCUAGAGACUGUAGCAGGGGCUCCAUUUUUACACCUUUCAGCAAAAACUCUUGACGGCACAGAUUUGGAAAGCUUGAAGAGUAAACUUGAUCUGGGUAACUGUUUGGAGACGCUGUGCCUAGCCAAGAAACAUGGCCAGACCUCUGUGCAGCAAGCAGCCCUGGGAGUCAUGUCAGACAACUACCUCCAGGUGCUCAGGGACCCCAACCUUUAUGGGCGGCUAAUGGCUGGUGAGCGGGAACAAAUCCAGAAGCAGAGAAUGAGAGGGAGAAGGUUCGUCAUGGUGGCAGAUAUGGACCCUCAAGACUGGGCGAGGAACACAAGAGGGCAGAUAGCAGAAACUGAGCAGAGGAGGACAUCCAGUGCAGUGUACUAUUAUGAUGACAACAAAGACGCCUGGCAUACACUCUGCCUGAUCCCACGGGAGGUCAUCUCUAAAGCCUGUGCCAUGUGCACAAUGGAUAACUACUUAUUUGUGGCAGUGGGCUGCCAAGGCACAGACAGAGAAAUGACACCCUCAAAGCGAGUGUUUUGCUACAAUCCUUUGACAUCCAUUUGGAAGGAGAUCAGUCCUAUGAAUGAAGCCAGGCCCCGCUGCAAACUGGCAGCUCUGGAGGGCUACAUCUACGCCAUUGGAGGGGAGUGCCUCUCCUCAGUGGAACGCUAUGACCCACGAAUGGACAGAUGGACAUUUGUGGCUCCACUACCUAAUGAUACAUUUGCUGUGGCACAUCACAUCACAGUGUGCAAUGGAGAGCUUUUUGUUUCUGGGGGAACUCUUAGAUAUAUGCUACUGCGCUACAGCCCCAAAACUAACACCUGGAGGCCAAGUCUGUUAGUAGGCAGCAAAGACAGAACCACAGAUAUGGUAGCUGUGGGGAGAUUUUUGUAUCGGUUUGAUAUUAACCCACUGCUGGGUGUCAGUGUGUACCGCUACCAUACACUGGCUCGACUGUGGUACGAGUGCAGCUCCAAACGGCUUCUGCACUGCCCUGCCUUCCAGUGUGUCACAAUGGAUGACACAAUCUAUUGUGUCAGCCGUCAGUUCACCAUGAGGCUUGAGGCUGAUGAGAUCUCUCCUGCUUUCAUAGAUGAGAAUUUGAGUGUCCUCUCUGCAGCGAAGGGCAUACUUUUCCCCUUUGUCCUUUCACUCCGUGAUAAGAAGCCUCGGCAGACCAGUGUGUAACGAGGACUCAGUUUUCCAUUGAUGAUAAAAUUAGGUGGUGAGGUGUAGUAUUUCUAUAACAGCAUGCUUUACGUCGAGUUUCUUGUUGACUGAGUGGGUUUUGCUUUGCCCAGGUUUAUGCUCAACCCAGCCCAACCCCAAAUGUUAUUGCAAAAUUGUAACCACUGUGUAGUCAUUUCUUUAAGGUAUUACAAAAAAUCACCUUUCCACAAAGCAACAAAGCUUCUGUUUCUUAAGCUACUUUUUUUUUUUGAUUGGGUAUUUCUCAAAGAAAUGUGUGUUUCUUAUGUCUCAGUCCCUGGCAGUAGAUGUAAAGUAAUGGCAGUCAAACUACUAUUUGCUUAGAUUUAUGCAGGAAGUGCUGCCAUGCAAAUUGUUUGCUUCUUUGAUUUGCCACUCCUUUCUGCUAUUAAGUUAGUUUUAUAUCAUUCCAGAUGCUUAACCUCUUUAGCGGUAAAGAUAAUUCAUAAAUAAGUUUCAGAGUAAAUUAGUGCAUUCAACUCUAACAUAUUACAGAGAUUGGGCAAUAUAGUGAUAAUCUAUCACUAUGCUCCACUGUGUAGGGCACAAAUAUAAUUUACACAGUGGCCUGGAUACAAUGCAAUUAUCUACAGUUGCUCUUUAAAUAUGACAGGAUGUAAAUGGGUUUGUCAUACAAUAUAAAUAGGUAAGCUUCUAAAAGCAUUUGUCACUACUUUUGAAACUCUUCCAACACUCAGACUUGAGGUUAUUUUUAUAAUUUUAGUCACUCUUUGGUGACCAGAGAGAAGUGUAUUUGUUUUAAUCUUGACUGAGCAGAUUAUUUGUUCAUUGUACCAAACAAAUAUAUAAUUGUUUUGUUAUCCAUUGUUUUAUAAACAUCAAAGAAAUAUAUGAAUGUGUCAUUAAUUGCAUAUUAAUCCACAAUUAGUGAAUAAUGGCAUUAAGCCAAAUGUCUAUUCCAGUAUGUGUGUGACUGAUAAUGAUAGAAUAACAAUCUAAACACUUGUGGUUUAUUAAGUGCUGAGCAAUUACAUUAACAAUGGAAAUAUGUAUAAGAAUAAUACAAAUAUUAAAUCCCUCAUUGUUUGAUGAUUUACAA